GCGUUGAGCGAGUGGGGGAAGGUCUCCGGCUAGCCUGGGCGAUGGCGGCCGUCAUGGCGGCGCUCGGGGUUGCCGCUGCGGGCCCAUGAGGCAGCCCUCCGGCCCUCACCCGCGCGCUCUCGCCACUAGGCAGCGAAGGGCGGCUCCGGCUGUGCCGCCGCCGCCCGCGUCUCCCAGGCCAUGGCGGGCGUCUUCGACAUCGACCUGGACCAGCCCGAAGAGGCGGCCUCGGACGAGGAGCUGGAGGAGGGGGGUCACUUAAGUGAAAGCAUGGACCAUGGGGGAGUCGUCCCAUAUGAGCUUGGCAUGGAGCAUUGUGAAAAAUUUGAGAUUUCAGAAACUAGUGUGAACAGAGGCCCUGAAAAGAUCCGCCCAGAGUGCUUUGAGCUGCUACGUGUCCUUGGAAAAGGUGGCUAUGGAAAGGUUUUCCAAGUUCGGAAAGUAACAGGAGCCAAUACUGGUAAGAUAUUUGCCAUGAAGGUGCUUAAAAAGGCAAUGAUUGUGCGAAAUGCAAAAGAUACAGCUCACACGAAAGCAGAGCGGAACAUCUUGGAGGAAGUCAAGCAUUCGUUCAUUGUAGACUUGAUUUAUGCCUUUCAGACUGGUGGAAAACUCUACCUCAUCCUUGAGUAUCUUAGUGGAGGAGAACUGUUCAUGCAGUUGGAGAGAGAGGGGAUAUUUAUGGAAGACACAGCUUGCUUCUACUUGGCUGAAAUUUCAAUGGCUUUGGGGCACCUGCAUCAGAAGGGGAUCAUCUAUCGAGAUCUAAAGCCAGAAAACAUCAUGCUCAACCACCAAGGUCAUGUUAAGCUGACAGAUUUUGGACUGUGUAAAGAAUCCAUUCAUGAUGGAACUGUCACGCAUACAUUCUGUGGAACAAUAGAAUACAUGGCUCCUGAAAUCUUGAUGCGGAGUGGGCACAACCGUGCUGUGGACUGGUGGAGUUUGGGGGCAUUAAUGUAUGACAUGCUGACUGGAGCACCCCCAUUCACUGGGGAGAAUCGAAAGAAAACCAUUGACAAGAUUCUCAAGUGUAAACUCAACUUGCCUCCCUACCUCACGCAAGAAGCCAGAGAUCUGCUUAAAAAGCUGCUAAAGAGAAAUGCUGCCUCACGUCUAGGAGCUGGUCCUGGAGAUGCUGGAGAAGUUCAGGGUCAUCCUUUCUUCAGACACAUCAACUGGGAAGAGCUAUUGGCUCGGAAGGUGGAACCCCCAUUUAAACCGUUAUUGCAAUCCGAAGAGGAUGUGAGCCAGUUUGAUGCAAAAUUUACCCGCCAGACUCCUGUCGAUAGCCCUGACGACUCAACUCUCAGUGAAAGUGCCAACCAGGUCUUUGUGGUAAGUUGGAGUGGGGCUAAGUACUGGAUUGUUGAAAACCAACAGAAUCCUGGUCUUCAGGCUGCAGGGAAUGUCAGAAGGCCUGUUGAAGGGUGCAGACAUUCUGGAAGAGAAUACGCGCUCUCCCACUGCCAGGCCUCCUUUCUGAAGCCUGGGCACGCUCUGCAUCUCCCUUGACUAACUUAGAAGGCUCAGUUUCCCAAUAUCCAUUGCUGCUUGUACCUUAUUCUGAUCUGCAGCUGGUUUUAUGGCGUGGUAUGGGCCAGGGAUAAGGAGCCUGUGGGUGGUGUUGGACUCCUUCCAUCAUUCUUGGACCAUUGGCCAAUUGGGCUGCAGGAGCUGAUGGAAGUUGAAAUUAAUACAGGGAUUUGGGCAACAGCUGUCUGAGAGCUUCUGAAAGUUCACAGAACUGCUGCUGCAAAGAGAGAUGCCUCCCAGAGGCAGCAUUCCCCUGUGGAAUUUAUAGCUAGAGCUGCUGCAAUAAACAGCUGUGCAAGCCUUUGGGAGGCAGAGACGUGAGAGAGGAUCACAAGAGGGAGGGAAGGAAAGAAAGAGGGACAGAGGCCAGUGUUGCCCGUGGUACCAUUGACCAUCCUUCAAGGCACCCCUGGGGGCCAUGGCACACUGGUUGAAAACCACUGCUCUGACCAAAGGCAGUUUUGAUGUCCAUGCAUGUUCCGGUUAACAACCCACAUAUUGGUUUUAUCUAGAUGGCUAGGAUUUGGGGGGUGGGGGUGGAUACUGGUUCUUUCAAGUUCUGCUCCUGUCAUAAUACAGAACAUUCAUUUGAAUUCUUGGG